GAAGUGAAAUACCAAAUUUCGCUGUACUUGAUCGUGUUAGUCGUGUUCUUUGGGUUCGAUGAAAUGAUUACUGUUUUGACCAAUCCACUGCUCUUCAUUUUGUGCUUGAUUAUUGGUGGGUUUGGGUUCACUGCGUACAAGCUUGGGCUUGGCGGAGUGGUCACUUCGUACAUGACAAAAAUGCUUACAAUGUCUGUCGCGUCGAUGUUUGAGUACCUUCGAGGGUUUGCUCUAUGUAAGCCGUUGAUAGAUAUUGUAUGGCCUGUAGAUGUUCCCGAGCAGAACAAGGAAGAUACGAACCAAGUGGAGUCACAAACACAGUAG